AUGGGUUCCACGCUUAAGGUGUUCCACGCCUUGUCCAUUCUUUCUGUUAUUGUACCAAGCGUCAAUGCUGUUCCUUCUGGAACCAAACUCGAACUCAAGGCCUUCAAAAAUGUCGAUAGGCUCGUCUACAAGCGACAGGAUCUCGGCGGUCUCAUCGACACUUGCAACCUCUGCCCAGUUGUUCGCAGACUUUCUAGGUAUCUCCCUGAAGAUGUCCAGAACACAGCGAACGACAUCAACAACCAGCUGAGGAAUCUCAUCGCCCAAGUUGGUCCCACGCUUCCCGGCGGUAUCCCAGCUCUUGAUAGCCUUCUCAGCAACCCGACUGAUAUUCUUGGGGGAGCGCUGCCUGGUGGCUUGCUCGGAAAUCCUACAGACGUCGUGGGUGACCUCCUCAAUGGUGGACUGCCUACUGGUGCUCUUGGCAACGUGCCUGUUGUAGGGGACAUCCUCAAUGGUGGACUGCCUACUGGUGCUCUCGGCAACGUGCCUGUUGUAGGCGACCUCCUCAAUGGUGGACUGCCUACUGGUGCUAUUGGUGGCGUUCCUGUUGUGGGUGAUAUCCUUGGCGGUGGCCUCCCUACGAACGCGCUCGGUGGUCUCACGAACGCGCUUCCUACUGGUAUUUUGGGUAACUUGCCUAUCCUCGGUAGUGCUCUACCCACCAAUGCCCCCGGCACCGUCACCAAUGCGCCCCCAACCGGCGCGCUUGGCGGUCUCACCAACGUACUCCCAACCGGCGCACUAGGCGGUCUUACGAACGCUGUCCCAACAGCCGCCGCUGGUGGCCUUCUCGGCGGCAUCCCAGGUGUCGGUGGUCUCCUUGGCGGACUGACGAACCCCACCGGCCUUCUCGGAGGCGUCACCAGCGCCGUCCCAGCCACACCUGCGCCGACCGGCCUUCUGGGUGCUGUCACCAACCCCAAAGUUCCUAAGAUCAUCCAAAGUGGUACGAUUGUGGACAAGGCCUAUAAUUGGUCCUUCUAUAAUAACGGUGCCGUCCAGGUUGAAAAGAACUUCCUCUUCCCUAGACAGGGAGUUCUCUCCGGUCUCCUGCCCGACAGGACCUUCUCGGGUCUGUUCGCUGACGGUCUGCACAUUGGAGACCACGUUGUUCCUUACCCCGGGGCCUACUUACCCCUCCUUAAUGGCGUCAAGCUUCCUCCUCUCUCGAGCUUGUUGAAUCUUGUCCCUGAUGCCGAUGACGGUGACAAGAGAUAA